AUGAUGACUGCUGAAAAGGGGAAUCGGGAAUAUGCGCGUUUGAAGGAUUGGCUGCUGAAGUCGGAGGGGUGGGCACGUCCUGACGACAAUGCACCGCAAACGCUGUUGGUUAUGAUUACUGGAGAGUUGAUCAAACUCGGAUACGAAGCAUGGCAACCUCCACUUGGUGAUCCUGGAGUCGUUGAACAUCAACGAAGGCCAGAUCUGUUCUCAACGCCAACUCCGUCGACGACAUGCUCGACGCCGGCAUCCAAACACAAGUAG